GUGCUUGCCCCAUAGAUUUCUAUCGUAUGUGUAUUUCUGUACACGUUUUCUGAGGUGCAAGUCAAAUUAUUGUGGUGAUCGACAGCAUAGGACAGAUGUGACAAAGUUUAAGCCAAAGUUUUUAAGAGUUUUAUGGCUGUAUGCAGGAUACAGUCUCUGGGUGGGUUCUCUUGUUAGGAAAUGUGAGUGAGCUGAAAGGAAGGGGUGUUGGUGUGAAAGCCGUGAGAGGGGGUUGUGGUCAUGUUUCCAUGAUUUGUUCAGGGGUGAUGUUUGUUUCCUGUUUGUAGGAUAGUAUGUGAUAAUGUUUUAUUCAAAUGCAAUGCUUCUGAAACACUUAACUCUGGAACUGUGUGUGAGAGAGUAAGUGUGGAGUUCAGUGUUUACUGGAAGGGAAUUCAUAGCAUGAGUUAAGUUCACAGAGACGUUGUUUUUCUUCUCUCUUUUCUUUCUUUCUCCCCUCCUUCAAGGCUGUCCUCGGAGUGUCCGUCUGGAUCAGCCUCCUAGACACCACAACUGUGCCACGCACUCCUUCCUCCACAUCCCUCUCUUGCUCUGUUUUCUCCUCUCUCUCUCUCUCUCUCUCUCUCUCUCUGUCUUUCUGCAUCCACUUACUUAGUAGUGGUCCUCUUUGAUCUCGUGAGGGAGGCUGGAAUAUCUGGUUUCCUGAACAAUGGAAACUCAAUCAGGAAAUGGACCCGAGGUGUUGAAAGAAGGAGAGUACGCUCGUUCAUCUCCUCUCGCCCUGCGGCCUGCAGACGCUAAAGGGGACCUGCAGGAGAACAGAUGCAUUGAGAAGUUUGACAUCCCACUCAGCAGCCUGAAGCAAAUAUUCGAAAAACCAACAGUGCAACAUGUGGAAGUGAGAGGCUCACACUUGUCCACCAGGAAAGUUGCAGACAAAUAUAGUGGUUUAGGGAAAAAAAUGUCAAAUCAGGAUUCAAACGUUGGUGACUCUGCGGGCAGCACAGGUGUUCUACCAUCAGGAGACACACACACUGACGGUGAGACUGUGCCUCUCAAGCAGAGACUGGCACUUUAUCAAGCUGCCAUUACUAAGGAAGAGAGAAGCCCGUCUGUGGUCAUGGACAGCUCUGAGCCUUGCUCCCUGCCAGGUGGUCUGGCCAGCAUAAAGAAACAGUUUGAGAGCCAAGAGCUCAGUUCCUCCUCUGCAUCUCAAAGCACUGUUACACAAUACCACUACCAGCAGAGACAGGAGGUGGUGAGCUCAUCAGAGGUGACAGUGAGAAGCAGUGUUAGAGAAAGCAGUACAGCAAAUGCUCAGGUUUCCCUGGACGAGAAGAUUCAUCAGAGUGUGGCCUCAAGUUUUGGGGAGCAUUAUGAUGAGAAAGUGAUGGUGGUUGGAGGAGAGAAUCUGUCAAAAGUUUCUACCCAAGCUCUAAAACAGCAACACGAGAAAAGUAUUGAAGAGGCCACUCCUCCCAAACACAUCAAGAUUGAUCUUGAUUACAACCAGUUUCCAUGGGCCCCAGUAAAUAUUUCUUCAAAGACGUCUAAUACAGGUAGCUAUGAGACUGUGGCCAUCACUAAAACACUACAAGAGGCCUCUACCUCAUCUGUGGCUUCUUCACAAAAUGAGCCAGUGGAGCAAUUCCAUCAACCAGUAUGUACCAAACAUCACCUUCCUUCCCAAGUCCCAGGACAUUGUCCUUCCCCUAAGCCAACAGAUCAACCUACUGCAGCUAAAUAUGCUGUCAAUAAAGAACAGUACUCCAAGCAGAGGAACCUCUAUGAACUUAAGCGUCUCUGCAAACACAUUCACCCUGAGGUGCGCAAAAAUCUGGAGCGUGACUUCUUUACUGAGGUGACGGAGACAGAGCACAUCUAUACGGAUAGUGAUGAGGAGGUGAGCAGAGAUGUUCAGCAAGCACGGUAUGUUUUUGAGAACAGUGGCAGUACCAGUCCUGGCAAGUGCAUAAGCCCAGAGAGAGAGUAUCUGGAGUGGGACGAGAUCCUGAAGGGUGAGGUACAGUCAAUGCGCUGGAUGUUUGAGAACAAGCCGCUGGAUACUAUUAAAGAUGACACACCAGAUGAGGUUGAAGGCAAGAACAUAGCCCAACAGGAAAUCAUAGCUGGUAAAGAUGUGAGGUAUACCACAUGGAUGUUUGAAACACAGCCCAUGGACUCUCUAGGUACAGAAAAAACAGACUCUGCAGAGCACACUGGAAAACUAACAGAGCUAGCCAGGGGAGAUGUCCAAACAGCAACAUGGCUAUUUGAGACACAGCCUCUGGACACAUUUAGCAGAAUUUACCAAGAGGAUGAGCAGGAAAGACAGGUUAUUUGUACUAAAAACAUUGCAGGGGGAGAUGUGAAGACUGCUAGGUACUUGUUUGAAACACAGCACCUAGACACCCUUGGCCAUACUGAAACUGUUGACGAAAGUCACUUUCUGCAGCUGAAGUCAGAGCUCGAAGAGGUGAAAGGUGAGGUAAAGAAGACGACCAAGAUGUUCGAGACACAACCCAUGUGUGUCAUCCGGGGUGACUCUGGUGAGAUGCUGGAGAUUACCAAGGUACGACGUGAGGAAACUGAGAAAGGUGAUGUCAGGACAUCACGCUGGCUCUUUGAAACUCAGCCUCUGGACCUGAUCAGCAAAGAUCCAACCAAGGUCAAAUUAAUCUGUGGAGUCUCCAUGGAGGAAAAUUAUCAGGGUGGAGUCAACAGAGGAAGAUGGCUGUUUGAGACAAAGACACUUGAUCAAAUCAAAGAUGAGGAACUGGAAAGCACAAAGACUCAGAAGGAGGAAAUCACAGGUGCGGAUGUAAGGAGACACUGCAUGAUCUUUGAAACACAACCAAUGGAUAAACUUAAAGACAAUACCAAUGCAAGACCAGUGUCCCUAGAAGACAUCAUGGGUGGUGAUGUUAACUCUGCUAGGCAUUUGUUUGAAACAGUGCCAAUGGAGAACCUGAAGGAGUUAACAGAAGUAGGUAAGCUACCAAAGGUGGUGGCAUCAGAGGAAGAGAAAGGCGAUGUGAGACACCAGAGGUGGUUGUUUGAGAGCAGACCUCUUGAGCAGAUCAGAGAGGACAAGAAAGAGAUUACACGGACUGUUAAUCUGGAAAAUCUUGAGAAGGGUGAUGUCACCAAUUACAAGGAGAUAUUUGAGACCAUGGAUCUGAGCAAGUGUACAGAUGCACAGAGGAUACAAGUGGAGGGGGUCACCAGCGGGUCAGUGAAAUCAAAUAAAGUGUUAUUUGAGUCUGCUCCCUUGUAUGCUGUACAGGACAGCUCAGGGCACUACCAUGAGGUCAAAACUGUGCGGAGAGAGGAAGUUGUCAAAGGGGAUGUGAGGAGCUGCAAGUGGAUGUUUGAAACCCGUCCUAUUGAUCAGUUUGAUGAGAGCAUCAGUAAGUUCCAGAUAAUUAAAGGAAUUUCUAAAGAAGAAAUCCAGUCUGGUGAUGUCAAAACUGCCAAAUGGCUUUUUGAAACCCAGCCACUCGAUGGCAUUAAAUACUUCAGCAACUUAGAGGAAGAGGACAACAGGAAGAAUGAGAGCAUUGAGAUCCAAAGGGGUGACGUCAAAACAUGCCGAUGGUUGUUUGAGACGCAACCAAUGGAUGUCUUGUAUGACAAAACAGAGACAAAGACUGAGGACAUCACAGACAUACAGAAAGGAGAUGUUAAAACAUGUACCUGGCUUUUUGAGACGCAGACACUUGACAGCAUCAAGGAUGAGUCUGAGACAAUACUAAAAACGUGCACAGUAAAUCAAGAGGAUGUACAGGGCAAGGAUGUACGUCUAGUGCGUUUUCUUUUUGAGACAGAGAACCUGGAAAAUAUCACAGAUGAUAAGGAUCAUAGUGGCUUUAAGCGAAUCACUGAGAUUGACAUUCAAUCAGGAGACGUAUCAAGGAUGAAAUACAUCUUUGAGACACAUUCAUCUGAUAUCAUGACUUCCACAUCUGAGGAGACCAUGAAGAAACUGAAAUCCCAUCAAGCAGAGGAAAUUCAGAAAGGAAAUGUGGUGAACUGCACCUGGAUGUUUGAAAACCAACCAAUUGAUUCCAUCAAGGAAAAUCUGGAGGACUCCAAAGAUGUACGCACAGUAACGGAUAUACAAGGAGGUAAUGUUGAUAAAGGUCGCUUCAUUUUUGAGACAUACUCAUUAGAUAAGAUUCAAGAGGAGGCAUCUGAUACUGAGAUCAGCAAACUCCAGAGCAUCAUAUGCAAGGAGAUUGAAAAAGGUGAUGUGAAAAACUAUACCAUGAUGUUUGAGACUCAACCACUGUAUGCUAUAAGGGACAAAGAGGGACACUUUCAUGAGGUUACAACAGUCACAAAAGAAGAGAUUAUGAGAGGAGAUGUGCUUGGGGCAAGAUGGUUAUUUGAGACAAAGCCUCUUGACUCGAUAAGAGACACAGAUGAGGUUUAUGUCAUUAAAGCGGUUACUGAGGAAGACGUCCAAAAAGGAGAUGUCAGCACCGCCAGGUGGAGGUUUGAAACUCAGCCGCUAGAUGAGAUUACUGAAGAUAUGAAAGUUACCAUUAAGACAGUCACAGACAUCCAAGGGGGAGAUGUGAAAACAAACAAGCAGCAUUUUGAAAUGGAUGACCUUUCAAAGAAAUACGUGAAAACUGUUAGUGUAAGUGAGAUUCAGAGAGGUAAUGUGAGAAGUUCCACAUGGAUGUUUGAAACUCACACCAUUGACAAGAUCCGUGGUGAAGGUUCAGAGUACAAGGAGAUGGAGAAGGUGACACGUGAAGAAGUGGUAAAAGGUGAUGUUAAACAGUCUGUGUGGCUCUUUGAAAAAGAGCCGCUUGACCGGAUCAAGGAAGUUGAUGGAACAGAAAAUGUCACUUCACGAGAGGAAAUCCCAAAAGCAGAUGUGAAGACAACAACAUGGCUGUUUGAAACCACCCCCCUGACAGAGUUUAAUGAGAGCAGUGUGGAGAGAACAGAGAUUAUUGGUAAGAGCAUCAAGGCUACCCUGGAAGAGCUGUAUUCUCAGAAAAUGGUUGAGUCGCAGGGUAUUCUGAUUGAGGCAGAUGAGAUUGGAGAUGUCAGAAUGGCUAAAUACAAACUUCUAAACCAGGAGACCCCAGAGAUCCAGAAAGAAGAGGUAAUACAUGGAGACCUGAACAAUAUUAUGAUGAACUUGCUCAACCGACGUGAGAUAACAGAGAGGGGAAUCACCAUUGAUAGGGAAGAGAGAGGAAACAUUAACUCAACUGUCCAACAGCUCUUCACCCAAGGGAAGGGUGGUAAUGUGGUGAAAGAGGAGAUCCUCAGAGGAGACAUCCAAGAGGCUAUUAAUAACUUGCUAAAGCAGGAAGGAUCUGCCAAAAGUGGCAUUCUGAUUCAAGAGGAUGAGAAAGGAAAUGUGAGAAUGACCAUCUACUCACUCCUAAAUAAAGAAAGCGGAAGCAGUGUUGAGAAAGAGGACAUAGUCAGAGGAAAUGUCCGUGGAACGCUGCAUAGGCUUCUGGGUAAUGCUGAUGAAAAGGACCUGUCCUCUAAAAUAACCGUGGGAGACUCAGAGAGAGGAAAUGUCAGUUUUUAUUCUACAUGUAUUGAGUCUGGGGCAUUGGACUACCUCAGGCAACUUCAAAUAGGGGCCGAUGAAAUCGUUGAGGAAAAAGUGAAAGAAAAGAUAAUCGGAGGUGACAUAGAACAAACAAAACAGGUUCUAAGGAGGAGCCAACAGAUAAUAGGACGAACUGUUGCUGAAGAUGAUAUUGUUCCAGGUGAUGUUCAUAAUACAGUACAGGUGUUUAUGAUGGAACCCCUGCCUUCCCUGCGUAACGUGCAGAAGGAGGAGAUAGUAAAGGGAGAUUUGAGAGCAGCCCUUGACUCACUUACACUAGCUGUAAACCAAUGUGUUGUCAUUGAAAAAGAGGAGAUAGUCAAAGGAGACAUAAGCACAACACUUAAGUCUCUUGAGGAGGCUCAAUAUCAACUCAAAGAGGUAGAAAAGCCUGAAAUUGUUCCUGGGGAUAUUAGGGGUGCAUUACAGUCUCUUGAGAAAUCAUCAUCUGCAAAGACUGAGGUAGUAAUUGAAGAUUUGGUCCCAGGAGAUAUCAAAGGGACCUUAAAAUCCCUGGAGGCAGCAAAGCAGGCAGUAAAAGAGAUAGAGAAAGAGGAGAUUGUUAAAGGUGACAUCCAUACUGCUCUGCUUGGUCUUCAAGAGGCAUCAACUGAAAAGAGGGCAUUCCAGCACCAAGUAAGUGAACAAGGUGAUGUGAAAGGUACAAUUCAGCUCUUACUGGAGCCUACAUCAUCCCCACAUAUGCAGAGGAGGCCAAGCACAGAGGGUGACAUAAAGUCCUCCAUGAAAUCCCUUUGUGAACAGGAGCAAAUACAGAUUGAGAAAGAAGAGGUGAUUAAGGGAGAUGUUCAAGGCACCAUAAAAACCCUGAUGAGGAAGAAAGAGCAGUCAAGCCACAAAUCAAAAAUCAAUCCUCAUAGGAAAGCCAAAGCUCCCAAGAAAAAUCUAGUUUCUCCUCAAUCAUGUGAAAUCUGUGAAUGCAUAGCUGGACGUACAACUGAAGAAAUGCCAGCAAAUCCACCUCCUGUGAAAAACAUUCCACAAAGCUGCAUGCAAAAGACAUUUGAGAUCAAAUCUUCAGAAAGUCAGACAUCAUCUGAGGAGCAUUGUUCUACUGCUAAACAUAUGACUAUAGCUGGUCACUCUGAGUCCUCCCAAGGCUCUCAAAAUAUUGUGAAGGAACAACAUAUCAAGCAAAAAGAAAACACUCCUAGUCCAGUGCUAUUAAAGAAGAAGAAUUUUGGAGGUCAGAUGAGUGAGAAGAAAUCUGAAAGUACAACUGUGUCUUCAGCAACAACAACAAGUGCAUCAAAGGAGGCAUCACAAACUCAUAUUAGUAUUAAGCAAACUCAGGAGAAAAAGACAGUCAUGCAGGUGCAGACAGCUGUGACAACAGAACACACCACCAUAACCCAGAAGCAGAACACCAAACAUGUAAAAUCAGAGAAAAAUGUUAAGAGCUUGAACCACAAUCUCAGUUCCAAGGGUAUGAUCAAAAAAGUGAAGCCACAUCCAGAGAUUCACUUUCCUCCACCUCCAACUUCCCCUCCACCUCCAACUUCCCCUCCACCUCCCUCUGAAUCAGAACUCUCUCUGCCUCCUCCUCCAUCUCCAGUGGCAGAAAGUUAUCUCCAGCCAGCUCUCUUGCCAUGCCCUCCUCUGGUUAUGAGACAGGACAGUGACCUUCCCCCUCCACCACCUCCACCCCCCAUCAUGGAAGCAGACACCGAAUUCUUUCCACCACCUCCUCCACUUCAAGACCUUCUGCCCCCUCCUCCAUCCCAACAAGAACUCAGCUUAGUCACCCAGGGUGGAAAACCAAAGGGCCGACAUCUAUUCAAAGUGCCCAAACCUGAGCCUCCUAAGGAAACACAGCCACCAAAAUAUAAAUGGCAGAAAAAGCAAACUGCUCCUGCUCCACCACCACCUCCCCCUCCUCCAUCUGUGCCAGAACAGGGUGAAACAGUUGCAUCAAACAUUGCCACAGUCACUGAAUCUACAGAGAACGUCACUAAGCAAAAGGGACUGGUUAAAACUAUUGAGCCUCCAGCUCAAUCUGUUACUAAAGCUUCCCCAGUCAUUCCAGUACCAUCAGCAGCAGCUGAGGAACCAUCACGCCCUAAAAAAAUAUUUGUUCCGCCAAUUAAACUGCCACCUCCUCCUGAGCCUGCUGCUCCAAAACCAAGACCUUAUGCAAGUAAAUUCAAAACUCCACUGAUGCUUGCAGAGGAGAGAUACCACAAACAAAGAGAGGAGGUUGAAAUGAAGGGAGGUUGUACUCCUACUUCACCUACAGCUACGUCACCAUUUAAGGUCAGUGAAAUGAAGGGUGAAAGCACACAGAAAGUUGAACAGUCCCAAUCAGUUCAUAAACAGCAAGAGCAAGCUAAUACACCAGAGCCUCUACAGAAGCCAGCCAUGCUACCAAAAUAUACAGCGGAAAAAGCUGGUCCCCCAAAAAGUCCACAACCCCCUCCAAAGCAAAAGCCACUUGCAAAUUUUCCGAUAAACAAACCCUCAUUUCCCAAAGUUGGUAAGAAUAUAACCACAGAAUCAUCUAGUGGUGUCUCAGAUAAAAAGCAGGAAUCCGUCACUACCUCCUUAGAGAUUAAAAGCCAUCCAGCUCCUAUUCCUGAGCAGGUUGAGGGUGUGAAAUCUUGCCUGGUACAACAAGAGAGUGUUCAGUCCUCAAUAAGUCUGAUCACUGCUAAUGUUCAAGCAGAAGAGCUCAAAAGCACAAAAAGUUGUGUGGCUCAAGAAAUCAAGAAGGUUCCCACUCAACCCACAAAGAUCCCAAAAGUGACACCUAGCUUUAAGGUGAAAACUUUUAAGGUGGAAACGGCAGAAAAACAGGAGGGCAGAAAGGGCACUUCUCAGAAAGAGCAAACACUCAGAGAGGCAGGAACACAUGAUGUCUCUCAAGUGUGCAUGGGUCAAGAGAGCUUCCAAAAAUCAACCAAUGCUGUGGAAAAUACUGAAGUAAAAGUUGAGAAAAAGGAAGAAGUAAGUCAAGCCAAUCAAGAUGUCAAAAUGGAGGUCAAGUUAAAGAAACAAAAACAAAAAUCAAUUAAGCAGCCACCACCUGAGACACCAAAAACAUCUUUUGAGAUACAUCAAGUACAACCAUCUAUAUCGAUGGAGGUACAUCAAGGAGAAAGGCAGACAGCAUUCGUUCAAUGCCAUCAGACAGUGAGAGAGGAACAUGUCCAGAUUCAUGAAGAGAGAAUGGUCAAUCAGAGUACAGUUCAACAACAGAGCACUCAACAAAAAGGUCAAUUCCAGACCAAGAAGCAGGUAAAGCCUCCACCACGGCCUCAAAGCAGAGAGGAAGCCAUACAGCAGUCCAUACAGAAAGAGAAGCAUGAUAAAAUGGAGACAGCAGAAUCAAAAGGGUCAGAUAGUUUAACCAUUACAACUGAAAGCUCUCAUACACAGAAAUGUGAUGAAAUUAAUAAGUUGUUGAGUUAUAUAAAACAGUUGGAAGGAGCCCCUGAAAAAAUCAAUCCAAAGACAGCAAAGACAAUGCUAAGUUUGGUUCCUGAUUGGCUAGUCGGUUCUGAGGAGAAGGCCGAUUUAAACUGCAUUCAGUACAACAAGCAGAAAAUGAGAGAGGUCAUGGCCUAUAUGCAGAACCUUGCACAGGCUAAACAGAUUUUUUUAGAAGGAAGUUUGUCUGUUUUGGAGAUGCCAAAGAGUGAGCCAGCACAGGAGAAGAAAACUGUUGGUGGAGCCACACAGAAAAUAUCAAAAAUUACUAUUGGCUCUGCAAAAAGAGAGACUCAGAAGAAAGUAGUGGAGGAGAAGAAGGCAGAGUGGCAGAGUGAGUCAAAAACUACAGAGCUCAGAAUGCCACCAGAGCUAAGAAUGCAAACACCAUCACCCACUUUCAUCUGCAUUGAGUCAGCCAAGAGGACAGACUCUCCCUUUAGAGUGACCCCAUCGCCCCCUCCCUAUUACAAGUCAGGCACCACACCAACACCUCCACCUCGCUGGUCUGAUACACCGACACACCUGAAUCAAUCCACACUUUCUCCCACAAUGAGUCACUCUGAGAAGCUAGCUAAACUAAGAGAUACAACAGCCAAACUCUCUCAAGGCAUGACCCCACCACCCAUGCCUUUGCCUGAGCAUAUGUUGAAGGCCCAAACAGACUUGGAAGGGUCUCGCUCUUCCAGCCACUCAGAGAUUAGCAUGGAGACAUACAUGAUGGAAUCAUCUUUGAUGGAUAUCACAGAGAUCCAUGGGGACUCUAUGAUGACCGUGAAAGACAAGCGUGAGUUCUUUGAGGAGGCUCAGAAAGCGGACAUUAACCGUACAUAUGUACGCAAGGGUCCCAUUGACAUCCCAGAGCGUCUUGGACCAGAUGCAGAAGAGAGUGAACCGGAGCUCCAGAGAUCCAUAGAUGUCCAUGAGAGAAUGUUAGAGAACUUGCCCAGGGUUGACCUCUCCAGGCUUGUUAACAAGUUUGAGUCUCCACAGCCUAAAGUUUAUGCUCGGAAGGAGCCUAUUGUGAUUGCUGAGAGACUUGAAAGUGACACAGAAGAAGCUGAACCAGAGAAGAAGCCAACACUGGUGGAGGACAUACCAAGCUUUGAUAUUAAAGCCCUCAAGAAUGUCUUUGAAAUGGGUGAGCAAGCCCACCAGCACACAAGGGAAGAAAAAAAGAUCCUUGAAAAACAAGAAGAAUCCAUUGCCCCAGCAGGGUUCUCAGAAACGAGAUCUGUAUCUGAGCACUUCUCCACUGUAGAUGAGUUUGGAAACCCUGUAACAGGGUCAAAGACUGAGAUGACCUCCCACUCUCAAAGUGUGACAACCCGCUGUGAUCCACCAACAUAUGCAGAUGUAGUAAGACGGAAAGUUCCUGUUCUGGACGUUCCACCUGAGGCCUCUGCAGAGGAGUUAUUGAAGAGCUUCCAGCAGACAUGGGCAGAGAGUGAAAAUGUCUUCAAGAAAUUGGGCUUCAGUGUGUCUGAACAACACAGAACACAGAGUGUUUCACACCAGCACCAGACUGUAGUAACCGAAAAUAAGAGUGCCAGAGUCCGAACUGUGUCGGGGAUGUCGGAAGACAGUGUAUCCCAUGGAGUCUCUCAUAGCGGACAAGCAAAACUUCCAUAAAAGCUGUUUUAGAUGUGCCCACUGCAGCAGCCAGCUCAGCCUUGUAAACUAUGCUUCUCUCCAUGGACGUAUGUAUUGCAAGCCACACUACAAACAGCUUUUCAAGUCUAAAGGAAACUACGACGAAGGGUUUGGUGAAAGGCCCCACAAGGAACUUUGGGAUACAAAAAAACAGAAUAACUCAGAG